UAAACACCUAUCAAACUAGAAGAAGAAGUGCAGCAAGAAGAGGAGGAAAACGAAGAAAAAAAGAAGUGCAUAAGCGCACAUCUGUCUGUGUUUAACAGAUCUGCUGCACACAGGAUGGCUGAAGAGCAACAUCACAGCGGUUUUAAUAAAAAAUACUGAACUGCGCUCCAUGCCUGGGGAAUAGAACCUCCAGGAGGGAGGGCGUGUGUGUGUGUGUGUGUGUGUGUGUGUGUGUGCGUGCGUGUGUGCGUACGUGUGUGUGUGUGCGCACAUGUGUGUGUAGUUGUGAGACCAGACAGUCAUAGAAGUGAUGGGUCCAAGGAGGAAGGCUUCUAAACUCCAGCCUUUAGUGGGCAGCGGUGAAGGAGAACCUGUCAUGAGACCCAAUGAGCCCAAAGACUACAUCAACGAGAUGUCCCAUGAAGUCCUCUGUCAUAUAUUCAGGUACCUUCCCAUGAAGGAUAUCAUGUGUAUGGAGUGUCUGUCAAGAAAACUUCGAGAGGCUGUAACUCUGUACCUGCGAGUAGUUAAAGUAGUGGAUCUAUGUGCUGGUCGCUGGUGGGAGUACAUGCCUUCAGGCUUUACAGACAGCAGCUUUCUUCUCCUUCUGAAGAAAAUGCCAGAUCUGGAGGAGCUGUAUGGCCUCCACCCUCGAUACCUGGAAAGGAGACGAGUCCGAGGCUACGAGGCUUUCAGUAUACCUGGAGUCCUGGAGGCACUACAAGCCUGUCCUAAUCUGCUGGGUGUUGAGACGUCCCAUCUGGAGCUGGUCGAAGCCAUUUGGAAUUAUAUGCCACAUGUUCACAUACUGGGAAAGUUCCGCAACCGUAAUGGGGCUUUUCCCAUUCCUGCUGAGAACAAACUCACCAUCCCCAUAACUGCAAAGAUCCAGACCCUACAUCUAGUGGGUGUGAAUGUCCCAGAGAUUCCCUGUGUGUCCAUGCUGCGGCAUCUUUACCUGAAGUGGGUUCGUCUCACCAAACCACAGCCAUUUAAGGACUUUCUGUGUGUGAGCCUGAGAACCUUUGUCAUGCGCAACUGUGCAGGACCAACCAACUCCCUCAAAUAUGUUCCCUUGGUCACUGGUUUAGCAUCAGCUCGGAACCUGGAGCAGCUGGAGUUGGUAAGAGUUCCCUUCCUGGGAGGACUGAUCCAACAUGUGGUGGAGGACAGCUGGAGGUCAGGAGGAUUUCGAAACCUCCACACCAUUGUGUUCGGAGCCUGUAAGAAUGCUCUUGAAGUGGACUUGGGCUACCUCAUCAUCACUGCUGCUCGCAGGCUUCAUGAGCUGCGUAUCCAGCCUUCACUGACUAAAGAUGGAGUCUUCUCAGCUCUCAAGAUGGCUGAACUAGAGUUUCCCCAAUUUGAAACACUUCAUCUGGGAUAUGUGGAUGAGUUCCUACUCCAAUGUAAGAUGAGUCAUUCAGAGCUGGUCAAGUACGGUCUGGCUGAUGUCAUUGAGAAUCCAGGAAUCAUCACUGACAUUGGCAUAAAGGUGGUGAAUGAGGUGUUCACUAAUAUUAAAUACCUGCUCAUCUACAACUGUCCUCACCUUCACAACCCACACCACUGGAUCACAGAUCAAUCCAGAUGGAGCCGUCUCGUUGACCUCACUCUUGUUCGCUGUCAUGCUAUCAAACUGGAAUCUUUUUCUCAGUUCAUAGAAUUACUGCCCAGUCUUGAGUUUAUCUGUCUGGACCAGAUGUUCAGAGAACCACCCAAGGGCUGCGCCAGGGUGGGCUUGAGUGCAGGAACUGGUAUUGGCGUGUCCUCAGCACUGGUCAGCAAUCAGAACUCCAACAAUGACAAUGACAACCACCACCAUCACCACAAUGAGGCCAACAUGCCUCCCGCUCCUCCACCUGUCGUCAACAACAACAACAACCAAAGGCAGCCACAGCAACCGCAGCAGCACAAUGCACCAGUGGAGGUAAAUGGGAUGGCGGAAGAGGAGGAAGAGGAGGAAGAGGAGGUAAUCUUGGAGGAUGAAAACAUGGAGACUGAGCCUCAGAUCGAGCUAAAAGGAGCAAAAGGGGGAGAAGCAGAAGAAGCUGAUGAGACACCAGGUCCCAGUCAUUCAGCUGGAGUGCCACAACAUCGUGAUGAAGAACAAGCAGGUCCCAGUGGUUUAGUCCAGCAGUGCAGACCAGCUGGUGCUGCCAUCUCCAAGCCCCCAUUGGUCAUCUCAGACUCGGACAGUGAGGAAGAGGAAGGCCUUGUUUCAAGGCUCAUGCCACCCACCUGUUUACAGCAGCCAGCUUCCUGUACAAAAGGUAAAGGAAAAACUCCUCUACGGCGGUGCAACAAUGUGGAUGUGUCCGUCUCUGUUGAUCAGCCAAAGGCUCAAGUGCUGGAGAGCAGCUGCGAAAAGAGCUGUCAGGUGACCAGCGAACAGAUUAAGGCAGAUAUGAAGGCUGCUGCUGAGAGCAGCAGGAGGACUGGCAGUAAAGGAAUCACUACUGAGACUGUGGAGGCCGCUGCAAGGCCAGGACCUGACAGUAGGACAAUACAGGGCACUGGGAGUACUGGGACUGCAUCAAGGGCUGGGGUGAGGCCGAUGUCUGCAUCUGUAGGAAGAGUUGGACCUGUGGCAGCUACAUCUGGCCAUGUGGGUGGAUGUGGGAGGGUGGUGGUAGUCACCACGCACAGAGCCACAACAACCACUGAUAGACCUGUUGGCAGGACUAAUGAUGGCACAGUGGGGCCAUCUGGAGCACAGUCUCGUGGCAGGGAAACUGGGACGAGACAGAGUUCUUGUCAUGAUGGUGUGGACAGUCGUGAGACCAGAGGUGUUACUGUAAACCAUGCUUCCACCACACCAGCAGUGCAGAUGGGACAAGGAGAGAGACAACAUGCCCCUGCUGGACCUGCCUCUGCAGUUUGCUCAGGUUUACAGCAGAGUCACGGCAGAUAUGAGGACUUUGUUCCUAGGAGACCCUUGACCCGAUCUUGCACCCGCACAUCCUCUGUGUCCUUGUUACCUGAGACAGAUCUUUCAAGAGCCAGGCCUCGAGUAGCCGUAAGGAGGAAACGAAUGGCUGACAAAUCAACCAGCACCUCCGACCCAGUUACUGAGGAUGACCACGUACAGGUUUUGUCUCUGAAGAGUAAGAACCUUGUGGGUAUCACUCUGACCAAUUGUGGCAUCACUGACCUUGUCCUCAAAGACUGCCCCAAGAUGAUGUUCGUUCAUGCCACCAGAUGUCGAGUGCUGAAGCAGCUUCAAGUGGAAAGUGCCCCCAUAGUAAACAGGUUCGACUAUGCUCAGUGUAAGAAACUGGAGAUGGAACAGGUCCUCGAUCAAAUAUUGAGAAUGCCUCCUGAAAGGAACCGCAUAAUCUACAUGCGCCCUAUGCAUCAGAUUGAUUCAGUAGCAUUGGAACGUCAGCUCUUCCAAGGGCCCUAUCCGUACCAUAUUGCUAUAGUGCACGAAUUCAGCAACCCACCAAACAUACGCAACAAAGUUCGCAUUCGCAGCUGGAUGGACACUAUAGCCAACAUCAGCCAAGAGUUAAUCAAGUAUGAGUUCUUUCCAGAGGCCACCAGGACAGAAGAUGAUGUUAAGAGGUUUCCCAAAUACCCCUGGGGGCGGGACAUCUACACACUGGAGGGAGUGGUGGACGGUGCUCCCUACAGCAUGAUCACAGAUUUCCCCUGGCUGAGGACUCUGAGAGCAGCUGAUCCUAAUAGCUACGCCCGCUAUGAUUUUGAGGACGAUGAAAACACCACCAUCUAUGCCCCGCGGCGUAAAGGACAGCUUUCUGCUGACAUCUGCAUGGAGACCAUUGGGGAAGAGAUCUCAGAGCGCAGACAGCGCAAAAGAGGAGUGUUUCAGAGAGUGGUGGUUCUCUUUCUUCAUCACUGUGAUACACCAGGAGAACCUGUGGAUGAUGACUACAUCUAAUGACCAACAAGCUCCUUGUUCAAUUACAACAGCAUAGACACUCCUGUUGCACUACUAAGAAGGUCCUGACUAUCAAAACUGCUUUAUUUGGAUGUAGGAGGUCGAUGUAUCAUCUGUUUGCUGUCCAAGCUACGAGUCACUGAUGUGUUCCACGCAAACAUGAACAUGGUAACUCUUACAACUGAUGGAGAAUGCAGAAGUGGUCAAAACUGAACAUGUUGACAUCAAUUUGCAAAAACCCUUCACCUAAUCAACACUUUGGUGUUUUUUUUUUCCUUUUCCAAUAAGACCAGAUUGAAGAUUUUGCCCAUUUGUGGGCAAAAUCUUAAGGCAGGUAUGAGCACCCUAGUAUUAUUAUAAAUUCUUCAAAUGCAGCUAAUUACAAUGGGGAAAAAGUUUCAUUUUAUUCUUAUUCCAAAUUCAGUUUGUACUCUUACUGCUAUGGAGGCCACUGCUGACAGAAUAUCCCAUUGUCUGCAUAGCUAGUGUUUUCUGCUGCUUUCCUUGUCCAUCGUGGUGAGAGAACACAUGCUGUGAAGGAUUUUGCAGUCGUGUUCCUUCGUUUGUUCAUUGCGAGAGUCUGCUGAUCAGUGCUACCAGUCACCAGAAUUGAAACUACUCUUUGUGGUUUAAUUUAAAGUUUACUUUCAAAGCUCAUAUUUGUCUUUCAUCAUGCAAAAGUGUUGGUGAUUCUGAGCUCUGUAAUCUAUGUCAAGUGCCAGGUGGAAAAGAAACGGACAUGAAGUCAGUAUGAAGCUGAAAAACUGAAUAUAUGCACAUUAACUUCCCUGUGCUUGACUAUCAGUCCUCUGUGCAUGGUAAGCCUUGUGGCUUCUACAGGGCUUUGUCAUGUUGCAGUGCUGUCUUAGCAGCAUAAUCACAGCUUCAGUUUUGUUGCAAGUUGAUCAAUUCAGAUUUUUCUCAGUGAUCAAGUAAAAUUUUCACCGUUGGACAGAUCUGCCUUGUCAGACUGCAGAGCACUGUAAAGAACGGACGCUUGCAGGUUCAGGAUGUUGCCUCUGAAAGAUGAACAAAGAAGGAUAAACAGAUUCAUCAAAUGUAAACAGUGAAUGUUCACCAUCAUCUGAAUGGAAUGAAGCAUAUCAAGAUUUCUGUUUUUGUUUUUACGUUUGUACAGAUGUGGAUGAUGGUAUGCUUCAAUGUUGUUUAUAUGUUUAUAUGGAAAGAACCAGACUAUUUCACAAAAUGAAAAGUAAAAUGGUGGGAAACAA